ACGAAGCUAUACGCUACAACACACAAGCCGGUAACUCGUGCGAAGCUAGCGAGAAAUCGACGGAGAGAGAAGGAUAGAGGGGAGAGAGGAUGAGAGAGCAUUUAGACUAGGGGGUGAUUAUUGUAAGCAAAGUCUACACAAUAAUACAGCUGGCCACUGCUAGACGUGUAUCUGGGUGGCUAAGCCCUCACAUGUUUAUAGGGAUAGAGACACUGCUAUUUUGUGAAAGAUCCCAAGAUUCUUGUGGAGCAUUUACUACUAUACCAUCCAUCAAAACACUUCAAUAUUUUUCAUCCAGUGGGGCGACUACGUACACCCUCAAUACUACUCCGAAUAUUUAUUUUUCCAUAUUUCAGGAUAUUUCAAUCCGAGUGUUCUUUGAAUUACCUUCAUACCUGCUCGGAGACUUUAACCGAUUUUACUGGAUACACCUGGAGCCUAUAGCUCAAGUUCUGGUGGUCCGUCGAGCUCGCCGACAUCGUCUUUCUCUAUGAAACCGGCAUCGAACGACCACCACACGAUGGCCUAUGCACCUUUACUGCCGCCUCGUCUCAGCGACUUCUCCGUCAACUCCCUCCUCACACCGCCCCAAUUCUUCCCGGGGAUGUUCCGCGGACAGGCCUGUUUGCCAGGCGCCGGGCUGCCGGGCUUUCCCCUGCCGAAAUUCGGCGAACAUCCAGCGGCGUACUCCCCGCAUGACUUGUUGGCAGCACACGCUCAUCGCUCAGCAUUGGGCCCCUUACACCCUAUGGAAACACAGAGCGACGAUUCGGAUGAUCCACAAGUUACACUCGAAUCUAAAGAACUUUGGGAGAAAUUUCACAAAAGAGGAACGGAAAUGGUCAUCACAAAAUCAGGCCGGCGGAUGUUCCCUUCUUUCAAAGUCCGUGUAUCUGGGCUGGACAAGAAGGCCAAGUACAUCCUUUUAAUGGACAUCGUCGCCGCCGACGACUGCCGGUACAAGUUUCACAAUUCCCGCUGGAUGGUCGCUGGCAAGGCCGACCCCGAGAUGCCCAAACGGAUGUAUAUACACCCGGAUUCUCCGAGCACAGGGGAACAAUGGAUGCAGAAAUGUGUUUCAUUCCAUAAGCUCAAACUCACAAAUAACAUCUCCGACAAGCAUGGAUUCCAGACCAUUCUGAAUUCGAUGCACAAGUACCAACCUCGUUUCCACAUUGUCAAGGCCAAUGACAUCCUCAAGCUUCCCUGGAGCCAAUUCAGGACCUUCGUAUUCGUCGAGACCGUCUUCAUCGCUGUCACUGCCUAUCAAAACGAAAAGAUUACGCAACUUAAAAUCGACUACAACCCAUUCGCUAAAGGUUUCAGAGAUACUGGUGCAGGGAAAAGGGAAAAGAGGAAAUACAUUGGUGCAACUGGUACCUAUGAAAUCGACCAUCGAGACGGCGAUGACAUCCCAAGCGACCAGGAGACUGAGGCCGCCGAGGUCAGCACAACCAGCAACGACAGACAUGACGAAAGAGGUCAUUCGUCACACGAGCUUGCAAGGCUAGCCAGCGAGGGCCGCUUGAACGGACCUGGCCUGAACAAGUGUAAACCCUCGGACAUGAAGGAAGGGCCACAUGGAAGUUCAAGCUCCAAAGAUGACGUGGAGAUGAGGGAUGUGAGCUGUAAAGACCACGAGAGGAGGAUGGAGAGUAAACAUAGAUUAAGUCAGGAUGACAGUUCAAUUGACAAGAAAACCGAUCACAAUGAGCGAUCAGAUUCGCGGAAAAGUGACGGACCCAGUUCAAGACUUUCUCCUCCAAGUCUACACCUUGGUUCUGCCGGCUCAUCCUUCUCGUCAUUACACGGUUCCCAUCCACCUGUUGUGACGCCAAUCUACCCUACACCUCAGCAGUUAUUUCUCAAUCCCCAUGCGCUACAUGGUGCUGUACCAGGACUUGGAGCAAUGCAUCACAUGUUACCCCUCCCAAGUAGCUCCUCUCAUUCCCCUUCAGGACACCCUAGUUAUUUAGACGCCCAUCCUUUCGCGUUUGGAGCAGCGCAUGCUUCAGGACUCCUUUCCUCGCAAGGUGGCGCCGCCAGCUUUGGCAGUCUCUAUUCAGAGGCCGCCGCCCUUAGCUCAAUGUAUGCCAGCAACCCGUGUACUAGUGCAAUAUUAAAUGGACAUCCAAGAUUAAGGUUCUCUCCUUAUCACCUACCAGUCACCAGCACGACUAUGGUCACCACUGCUAACCCUCUAGCCACACCUAUCCCAUACGAAAGCGCGUUACAUUCAUCGCUCUCAGCGUUCGGUGGGCCAUCACUGCUCACGGCGGCCUCGGCAUCCACUUCACCGACAUCGUCGUCAUCUUCACUUCCAGCCAGUAAAGACGUGCCGACGUCGCCUGCGAGGUCGGUCAGCGCUGCCACGAACGAACUCCAAAGCAUACAAAAGAUGGUCAGUGGACUCGAUAAAUCACAAAAAUGACUGCCAGAUGCGUCAUGAUGGACAAUAUAUAGACUUUAUGUAUCAAAGACAAAAUAUUGUAACGCGGCUAAUCGAUAUUUCAUACGUUGCAAUUGUUUGUUAUCGCAAAAUGUCAUCUGUAGGUGAAAGAAGGUAUUAUGACGUUUGCCGCGUGUGAGCAGUAGUGAUUUAUACAUUUCAUCGAUGUUUUAAUCAACCUUUCUGCAUUAAAAACUCAGGGUUAUUUUUUCUUCUUUUCUUGGUGCAAGCCUAAAAGGCAAAAGAGUUGCCUACACGGAGGCGGUGAGAGAGACAGCUGACGUGUGUAAGAGAAUUACGAGAUGUACGCCGUCAAACUGACAGGGCGACGCCAGCCGUGUGGUCACGUGACCCAAGCAUUUAUGAGGAGAAAGCUCACAAUCCUUUUGAAAGCUGUGUAUUCAGAACACUGUAUGAAUAGCUCCGUGCUGUAUGUAUGGAAGUCCAUGUGCUAAAAAAUCAUUGGUUGUGGGUGGGGUUGAAUCCGCUGCCAUGAUAUGUAACACCAAUCUGGGUAGUCUCUAUGAAUACAUGCCCCCGUGCAAACAAUCAGUGUCCUCUUUAAAGUUUUCAAUCCCGAUUUAAUAUAUAAUAUAUCUGGAUUGAGAAGAACAUGUGUUCGGGCAAUCUUAAAAUACGGGGAGUUGUUACCACACACACGAUGAACUAUCAAGGGCCCUCUGAAUUACAUGCAUCCGAUUUAAGUCCUAUAUUAGAGGCAGUAAAUUAUCUCUCUUCUGUGUCUACCCCUGAUCCAUGGUUGGAAGCGCUGACCCGGUGGUCAGAUAUCAUCAAAACAUUUUCAUCUUCAAUUAUUAUAUUACAAGAUAUUCUCCUUUAAAUUCAACUGAUAUCAUUCUGAGAAAAAUAUAAUUUAUUAAUUCAACAGUUGUGGAAGUAUUCAGUAAAACAGGGUAUACAAUUGCAUCACAAGCAUUCUUUUGAAAUAAAAUGCUUAAUCCACAAUCUAAAUAUAAAAAAGUGGGCACAUAGUCAUCAUAAUGUAUUGUAUGAUAAUGAAGUUUCAUUCCUGUGAAAUAUCUAAGAUAUUAACCAUGAUUGACAAUGGUAUGUGUAUCUUGCGAUUUCAAAGUAGUCCAUAUACUUGUUUGAUUUUGACGACUCGUCAGCCCCUAUAAGGCAGUGGGACUUUGGAGCGUCAAGACAAGCGUGAUAGGAUUACAUUUUGAUGUUGCCAAUUUGAUACAGUGUUUAAAUUUUCAUAUCAAGUUUCAUCAUUUGUAAUUCCUGACAGUUGUCAAUUGGACUCUACAGUUUAUUGUCUUUAAGUCACAAUUGACAUUUAAAUAUUUUAGAGAACAAUAUUGUUCACAUUUUCAAGAAAAUUAUUUUGAUUAAUAUUUCGAAAUGAUGAACACCAUUGUUCAAAUAUGGAAAAGAGAAAUAUUCAAAACAUUAAGGAGAUAUAGAUGUAUAUUUGGAUGGAGAAACAUGUCUUUUUGACAAUAUUUUCAUCUUCAAAUCUGUAUUCUGUUCAUCUGUUUUUUGUAUUGGUGUUUUGUGUGUGUUCCAUUGGAAGCUUUCAAAUCGAAACGAAAACUUGUCGGAUUGAUGACGUAACAACAACAUGAGAAAAACUUCCAAGUAUCGGGUUGGAUUAAAUUCUACCUGACAACUUAUGUUGUCAUUUUUAUCUCUCCUGAAAAUUUUUAUUUCAUGUAAAAAGGUAAAUAAUUGGAAAUCUUUAUCACAGUGGCUCUGCUGUAAAAGAUUUCCGUUUGUUAAAGAAAGUUGAUAGCAGUUUGUAAAUUUUGGCCAAUUUAUCUUGUCUUUAGAAGAAGAUUGUGUUUGUCAGUGAGCUUCUCUCCCUAAUAUAGAAUAAGUGUUUGUCGAUUUGUACAAAAUUAGAGUCGAGUUUUUUGAAAACUCGAGCUUAUUUAUGUUCUCCUCUAUCUGUGCAGCGCUAGUUGUAUCUGCAGGAUUAAUAUGCGCUCAAAGAUUGUGGAUGUAGAAAAGAAAGUUAUUUGUUUUUUAAAAGAAUACAUUAUGUACUGUAAAUUGAUACUUAUUUAUAUGAAAUAUUGAAUAUAACAUUUGACUUAUAUUCUUCGUACAUUGUGCAUUUCAACAGCCUUUAUAUGGGGGUGUUGCUAGAUUUUUCAAUGAACAGCGACCUUAAGAAAAGAUAAAUGGAUUUUGUUCGAAUACUAUACCUGUGCAUGGGCCGUCAAUAAUUGAAUGAAAUACAACAAUCUAAAAAUAUGGGGGGAAAUAAGAAAAGCACACCAUCAUGGGUCAUUUCUGAUGUUUUACUCUCAUCCAUUUUUCUAUCAUUUCUUAAAACGUCUCCACUCGCUUUUAAAUCUAAUUUCAAAAAGUUGUACCAACGUGUAUGAUCCAGUGUAAUAAUUAUUUCUGAAUUAUGCAAUUAUUUUAGGUUUUUAGAAUUCAUAGGGAAUAUGGAUGUAAAUUUCGAACAAAAUGUAUUUCAGUGAUCCGUCAAUAGUAACUGAGUUUGUGUCUUGGUUGAAAUUUGAGAGAAAAAGAAAUGAAAUGUUGCAAUGAAGAAAUAAAGUCCAACUCUCGGGAUGAUCUCCCAAGAAUGUGUUCAACUACAGCAAAAAAUGAA